AUGAAUGUUCUUCGUUACAAUUUCGCCAAUUUGACGCAACUCUACAGACAUUACGCAAGUAUGUCUCCCAGCCUUCCGAUUCGUGUGUUCGUCUAUGGCACGCUGAAAAGAGGCGAACCGAAUGCAGCUGUUCUCACGAACACCGACGGACGAUAUCGAUUUGUUGGAGAGGGACGGACAAAAACGCCAUAUCCACUCAUUGUUGCCUCCAAAUACAAUAUACCAUUCGUACUAAAUGAACCCGGCAAAGGAUAUCAAAUCCAAGGUGAAGUCUAUGAAGUAGAUGAUGUGAAGUUGAAAGUAUUAGAUGCCCUGGAAGCCUAUCCGACGUUGUACUGGCGGCAGGAAGAAAAGAUUUUGAUGUCAAACAACUUGGAGACAACGGCAUGGAUCUACUUAAUGAGGAAAUGGCGACCGGAUAUUUAUGAACAUGCUACGCCGAUGAUGUCAAACUAUUCCAGCAAAGGCGCUCAUGGCAGGGAAUAUGUGACCAGGUAUGUUCGUGCAAAAGAAAUGCUAGACGACGAUUACAAUCUCCACGCUGAUAUCCAGGGUGGUGAUCCGGCCGAUCCACUCACUAAAGCGGCUUCACGGGCAAAAGCCAUUGAUGAUACAAGAUUUCCGUCAUAG